CCGUCUCUCUGACAUUCUCCAUUCCUUAACUUCUAUUCUGGUCUCUUCUCAGACAAAAACGCCAUUCCUUUAAAUACUAUUCGGGGAAUGGUAUCCCAAAAUUUGAUCAGUGAAAUCAAUGUCUGCCAUUGAUUUUCUUCUGUCGUCGUCCAAGCUUGAGCUAAAUUUGACACUAUUUUGGUGAAGAAGUCUGGCAUUAGGGUUUUGUUUUGGGGAAAGCAAAGCUCUGCUAACAACUUGGUCGGCGAAAUGCCUUAAGGCUUUUCUUUUCGUCCCCGUUGGAAUAACUGACAUUUUUUAAACAUGUCACUGAAGGCAAUUGAUUUUAAAUGGUAUGAUGGCUUCUUCCUCUCAAUGCUUGCCACCAGUGCAAUCAUUGUCUCAAUCAAUUGGAAGCGGUACCAUCCUUGUACCUACCCUUUGCACAUAUGGAUUGUGGUGGACUAUACUGCAGUAUUUGUAUUUCGGGUUCUGAUGUUUGUGGACAAUGGAUUGGCAGCAGGAAUGGGUUUAGACCUAGGACGACAACAAAGAUUUGAGCGAUUCUGUGGAAGAAUUAUAGUUAUUUCAGUUCUUGUCCUGGUUCUUUACCCAUUUCUGUGGGCGUGGACUGUAAUUGGAAGUAUAUGGUUCACCAGUGCAAGAGGCUGUCUACCUGAAGAUGGUCAGAAAUGGGGCUUCCUAAUCUGGUUGCUUUUUAGCUACUGUGGACUAAUUUGUAUUGCUUGCAUGUCUACUGGGAAGUGGUUAAUGCGAAGGCAGGCGCAUCUACUACGGGCACAGCAAGGGAUUCCAAUUUCUGAAUAUGGGGUUUUGGUUGAUCUUAUUAGAGUUCCUGAUUGGGCAUUUGAAGCUGCUGGACAGGAGAUGCGAGGAAUGGGACAAGAUACAGCAACAUAUCACCCAGGCCUUUAUUUGUCCCCUGCACAGAGAGAAGCAGUUGAAGCACUUAUUCAGGAGCUUCCAAAAUUCCGUAUGAAGGCAGUGCCUACAGACUGUAGCGAGUGCCCUAUCUGCCUCGAUGAGUUCCGUGUAGGAAAUGAGGUCCGUGGGCUUCCAUGUGCACAUAACUUUCAUGUUGAAUGUAUUGAUCGAUGGCUGCGCCUUAGCAUAAAAUGUCCUCGUUGCCGUCUCUCUGUUUUUCCCAAUCUGGACCUUAGUGCCUUGGCAAAUGCCCAACGUUCUCAAACUGGAGACUCUAGUAGAUCUUCUCAGGCAUCUGCAAGCAGUUUAACAAGUAUGCCUGCUGGCCGUUAUAUAAGAGCUCAGCCCAUGGGGCAGAGCAACCUCCUGCGUUUACAGGAUCUGCUUCGUACUAUUAGGGUGGAAAAUGCAGUUCACAGUGAGACAAGUAUCAGUGAAAGGGGAGGAAAUAACCUUGGAGAUAGUUCAAUUUCAGCGAACUUUGAGUCCGAUGAAUUGGAAAAUUCAAGACAUCUUGAAAAUGAAACUCAAGGUGGUCAGAAUCAUGCAGUCCUACAAAAUGGAAACAAUGCAGAGAAUCCAAAUAAUAAUGGCAGCAAUGGUGUAGAGAGACAAGCUCCAUACGAUGUAACAGAAACUGUCACUGUUGUAGUGGAUAAAUCUCCACUAGCACAAUUUUAAGAAGCUGCAGACGCAGAAAUUACUAAAUUAGCAUUUUUUUGAGAACUCUUGAAACCUGUCUUUGUUGGUAUCCAUGUUCCAUUACCUCAGGUUAAAUUUAUGGCUUCUUCCCUUUGCAUAUAAUUCGUCAAAUGGUAGGCAUUUUUGAGACCUGUGAGUCUCUGGUGGAAAAGAGUCUACUGGAGGAGAGGAGGUUAUUCAAGAUAGCCAGUUUGCAAUACCAGCUUCUUGGUGUAACUGAAGCCCGAGUCUAAUGAAUUUCCAACUCUAAUGUCUAUUCAGGAGGGGAAUUUUGUCUUUGUAAAGUAUAUCUGUAGACAGUCGAUAAAUUUUGUCAAAUACACCUCUUUGUAAUAACUCACUUUCAAGUCAAAACUAUACUUGGUGGUGACAAAUAUUCAGAGAAUGCAUGCCAGGCAGACUAUACAGCAUGUAUUCUCAAAACUGGAUCCCUUCCUAUAAACAUUACAUGAACAUUGUAUUGUGCUGACAUUAUGUCGAUGUCCAGUUUUAGUAUUGUAGUGUAAUCAACAAAGGCCAUUGUUUUGGGAUCCUCAAACAAUAAAAUGGAUACUACAGGAGUGCAUGCAAGGUAGACCUAUAUUGCUUUGAAUUUUCAAAACUGCAUUCCACAUAUGCACAUAACAUGAAAAUGGCAUCGUGUUGAUGCCCAGUUUCUGCUCUAGUAUAAUGUACAAAAGCCAAUGUAUUGGGAUUCUCAAGCAUAGAUUGGAUGCUACCAUUUUAUAGCAUUAUAUCACAUUUCUAUA